AUGUCCAUGUCUGUCGGGAAGAGAAGCGUGGUGGUGCACUUGCCAGUGCAACAAGACCAACCAACGGGACUGUUGAACCAGGUCCAUAUGACAAUGCCUGACAAUUAUUCCCCGGAUGUGGAGGAUAAACACUAUCGAAGGGCCGACAUUCCCCUUGAUCACUACCACUCCAUCGGCCGAGGCACCCAGGCGACGGUCAUUGGUGCACAACUUCAAAAUGGGAAGAUGCGUCGCGUGGCCGCAAAACGGUACAAGAUGGACGAGUUGAAGGGCGACAAAUCGCAUAAAUGGCUGAUGCGCGAGCUGCAGAACACGCAAUACCUUGUCCACCCGCAUAUUGUUCGCUGCCUGGACACGUUCUACGAGAAGGACCAACACGGUAAAUUACUAUACACGUGGAUCGUCACCGAACGUAUGGAAACGACGCUGGACAAAUACUUUAAGCGCCUGAACGCCCCGGAGAAGAUCCACAGACCGCGGGACCAUCGACACAUCGCCGCGUUGAUGACGCAGCUGUUCAUGGCGCUUGAUUUUCUGCACCAUCGUGGAGUGAUGCACAGGGAUCUCAACCCGAAAAACGUCGGGCUCAACCUGCAAGAUUUCAAAAUCAAGAUUCUGGACUUUGGAUGCUCCGGCCUAACUGAUAGCGAUGGGCUGCAAACUACAAAAAAUCGCGUGGGGACGCCGCCCCUCUACCGUCCGCCCGAGCUGCUGGUGGAGCAUGUUGUUUACGAUUCGGGUGUCGAUGUCUGGGCGGUCGCUCUUAUUGCGGUGGAGAUGCUGGGCAACAAGCUGUUCCUGCCACGAAACUACAAGCAGUCGCCGGCGUUCAAUCAGGAGCAAUUGCGUGAACAAGGCCAAGUGUCGGUGCUGUUGCAAAUUCUCACUAUCCUCGGGCUGCCGGAGCACCGCUACGUAGAGACGUUCCAUAAUCACUUCCUCAAAACGGCCGCGUGUCCGAGUCAACUAGCCUACGCGCUUGUGGAACCCUUGAAUCGACUAGGUCCGGACAGCUCGGCGCUUACGAAAUCAGACCUCCAGGAACUGCUAUGCAAAAUUCUCAUCUUCGACCCGCGACGUCGCCCUACGCCCGCCGAAUGUCUGAGACACCCGUAUUUGAGCAGAAUGCAUGAUAAAUACCGGCAGACCGCCCCGAUCCAAGAUGGGAAAAGCGAUCUAGAGCGACUCGAUGAGAUGCUGCAGCUUUACUCGAAGAAACUGGAGCCGGUCGGAAAUAGAGAAGAGCUGAAUGCCGAGAUGGACUUCAGCAAUAAU